AUGCAGCUCACCAUCCAUUCACAAAAUGUGAAUGGCCUACGUUCGAAAAUUCCCGAAUUUAUUGCUGAUGUAAUGGCCAAACAAUCAUCAAUUGUUCAACUGUCAACAAUUUAUAUGCUUUGCGAAACACAUUUGGACAACGCUAUCAAUACAAACGAUAUUUUUCCACCAAUGUACAGUGUUCAUCGAUGUGACCGUUCAACGAAUACAGAGAGAGACCAACUACAUUCAAAGGAGAGAGGCGGCGGAGUAUUGAUUGCUGUCAACAACAAACUAAAGUCAGUUUGCAUCGGAACGGGUGACCAUUUCGGAGCAGAACAAAUUUGGAUUUUAUCGGGAGAUAAUAUUCAAUCGCUAAAUAUAAAACCAGUUGAAGGUCAAGCGCGUGCGAAAUUCAAUUUUCAAGCUCAAUCACCAAUCGAACUGUCAUUGAAUAAGGGGGAAUUAAUUAUACUUACACGACAAGUUGAUGACAAUUGGUUUGAAGGAAGGAUCGCGAAUCGAAAAGGAAUCUUUCCAGUUUCAUACGUUGACGUGAGUUGUAGUUAA